GUUCAUUAUGGGAAGACCCACACAGUUAAUGUGAAGCAGUUCAGUCACUAAACUAAUUUACGAUUGCCAAAGGGAAUGCGCUCUUUGCUGGAGACCCUGCUUUAACAAAAACAACCUCCCAACUGCUUCCAUUGGGGCUGGGGUGAUUCAAAAUGGGAAAGAGGCGUCGUCAAACAGCCAGCUUGGCUAUAAAAGCCUGAGACCAUUGUUGUAUGAAACACAGAAUAUCCAAGGUGCUCCAACUGCCAGUACAUCUUAAAUUAUUCGGCAUGUCCCUUGUAGUGGUCAUUUUGUUGUUUUGCGCCGUUGGUACAUGGGCCGAAGAUUUAACUGCUGAAGAGCAGUACAGGCCGGCUUACAGACCAGAGUAUCCGGCCAACAAGCCGCCAUAUCCUGAGCAACAAUAUCCAUCGCACAGCAAACCCGCCCAUCCAUCAUACCCAUCUUACUCAGCCUACCCCAAGCAUUGUGACACUAAAGCUGCUCCUAAAUGCGCUGAAAAUUCCACCGGUCACUGGUGUCUGACUGACGAGGAAUACCCCGUCUACGAAGUCAAGUAUGCCAUCGACUACGAUCCUUUAGUCCUCAAGAAAUACGCUGACGUUGCCGACCAAUCCGCUAACGAUUUGGUCGAUGGAGUCAGCAAAGAACAAGAGGAGAAAUUCGAUUACUCUUUCUACAAAGGAAAGCAAUUCGACGAGGGCAACUGGGUCGGUGGUGAAGGUUUCAUCUGUCCCAGCGACGUCGCUUAUUCUCGUCCCCUUCGUGCCAAGAACACUGCUGGUGAAUGGCGUGUCAUCGUCCAGGACAUCGCCUGGCCCACCUACACGCAGACCCAGCGGACAGAGACUUGCUUGUUCCCAGAAGCCGCUUGCCGCACCUUGGCUCCUUGCCACUUCAGCAAAUGCCUUCAAAAGCACACCGUCCAUCGCAUGCUCUCUUUCGACCCUUGCGAUGAGCGCAGGGGUGUUUUCAUCGAUAUCUACAAACUACCAUCUGCAUGCAAUUGCCACAUCCCCGUCAAGGCAUAAGCUGACUAAUAAGAUCAGCAACAAGACUUAUCUAUACCAAUGCUACAUUUGACUCCUCUACUCUUACCGUGUUCUAUUUCCAUCAAAAAUCAAGAAUCCUAACAGCUUUCAGAUGAUACCCGACGGUACUGCUAAUUGUCAAUCCCCUAUAUGCAAGGUUCGUAUGUCAGCAUUAUCUGGAUUUUUCCCUCAUUGGGUCAGCCAAGUCUUUCUGUUUCUUCAGUUUCAACAACUUGAACUGCAAAUUCUUGAGAGUUUUUGUCUAACUAUUGAAAAAGUAUUUAAAAACAUAUAAUUUUAGCAUCCAAGGAUUUAUGCAUGUUGCUUGGAACUGUAGAAUCUAAUUAAACGAAUAAAGGCAGAGAUUGUUAUUAUAAAA